GCACUUGUCACAGUCCGCAAAAUGGCUGCGCUCGUUAGCGUCCGCGCGUGCCUCUCCGCUCUUCAGUUGACCUCUCCAAGUUUACUUCACAGCUCGUUUAAGCUGUGUGCAGUUCCUCUAAGUCGAAGGAAUUUCGCUGCAGAAGCGAAGAAGGUUUUUGCUCGUGAUAAACCCCAUUUGAACAUCGGCACUAUUGGACAUGUUGACCACGGCAAAACCACACUGACCGCCGCCAUCACCAAAGUUCUUGCCGAGGCUGGUGGUGCAAAUUAUAAAUCAUAUGAGGAUAUCGAUAACGCUCCUGAAGAGAAGGCUAGAGGAAUCACCAUCAAUGCCUCCCAUGUGGAGUACACCACCGCUAACAGACACUACGCUCACACAGACUGUCCUGGACACGCCGACUACGUCAAGAACAUGAUCACGGGCACGGCUCAGAUGGACGGCUGUAUUCUGGUGGUGGCGGCGACGGACGGUCAGAUGCCGCAGACUCGAGAGCACCUCCUGCUGGCGCGGCAGAUCGGCGUACAGCAUGUGGUGGUGUACAUCAACAAAGCUGAUGCUGUGGACGAUAAAGAGAUGCUGGAUUUGGUGGAGCUGGAGAUCAGAGAGCUGCUCACAGAGUUCGGUUAUGAUGGAGAAAACACUCCAGUGGUGGUCGGAUCAGCGCUGUGUGCUCUGGAAAACAAAAAGCCGGAGCUGGGUGUGAACUCCAUCAUGAAGCUCUUGGAGGUAAUUGAUGGUCAUAUUCCUUUGCCAAGCAGAGAUCUGGAUAAACCCUUCCUGAUGCCCGUAGACGGAGUCUAUUCUAUUCCAGGUCGUGGUACUGUAGUCUCAGGGACGCUUGAGCGAGGAGUGAUCAAGAAAGGAGACGAGUGUGAAUUUCUUGGACACAAUCGUUGCUUUAAGUCGAUCAUCACUGGCAUCGAGAUGUUCCACAAGUCUCUGGACCGGGCGGAGGCGGGCGACAACAUGGGCGCUCUGAUUCGCGGUUUGAAGAGAGAGGAUGUCCGGAGAGGCAUGGUGAUGAUCAAACCCGGAUCCAUCCAGCCACACCAGAAGAUCAGAGCUCAGGUCUACAUUCUGAGUAAAGAAGAGGGCGGCAGACACAAGCCGUUCUUCACUAACUUCACGCCCAUCAUGUUCUCCCUCACCUGGGAUAUGGCCUGUAUAGUAGAGCUGCUUCCAGGAAAGGAAAUGGUGAUGCCUGGAGAGGAUACGGCUGUAAACCUAAUUCUCAGACAGCCGAUGGCUCUCGAUAAAGGCCAGAGGUUCACGCUUCGGGAUGGAAAUCAAACCAUCGGCACCGGCCUGGUCACAGACAUCCUCACUAUUACAAAGGAUGACAAGUACACCUGGGGCGAGAAAUGACUCUUUAAAACUUUACUGUGCGAAAGCCUCUGUGGACUGAAGUUCUAGAAAUGUUGCUCUAGAGUUGAAUCACGGCCAUUGUUUAUUGCAAAAAAAAAAUAAUGAAAUCUGUUUUGCUAUGGAGGAUGACUUUGUUCUGCAAAUGUCUUCAGCCCUGAAGGUAUCUGCCCACCAGUUUUCUACGUGAAGAAAAAAGUAAUGUCUGGCAUAUUGUUUCUGUUGUCUGCUUUUAUUUUAUUGUCCCAUAUGCGCAGUCAUCUAUUUACAAGGAGAAAAACAGUGCUCUGUGAACGUUUCCAAAUUAAAGCCCUACACCUCAUUUAUCGAAUGCCGCUCAUUUACACAUUGAGAUCUGCUGCAGUCUUAUUCCAGCUCUAAACAAACGUAAUAAAUUGCAUUAUUCCA